CCAAAGAGCCAACCAUCGGAGCCUGUUAAGAAAGAAAGAACCCCCCAUUUUGGAUUAUAUAAGAAGAUAAGGUUGUAAGCAAACGCCUAGUUUUGAGAGAGAGAGAGAGAGAGACAGAGAUGGCAGAAGCUUGCCGUCUGUUAUCGGCAAGAAACAUCAACCCAGGUCCCAGUCACCACCCAGCUGCUAAGGCUAAAUCCCUCAAGUCCCCCCCAUCUCAGUUUUCCAUAACCAGAGCUACUUCAAAAAGAAAUGACAUCUCCCUGAAAAACAGUAGCAGGGGUUCACGCCGUCUGAUCAAAAUAUCAACUUCAAAUGGGAGAUGGCAAGGGAAAUGGAACUGCGACUACCUUCUCUCUCUCCGGGACUUGCGGUUGCAAGAUUUGGUGGAAGAUGAUGAACAUAAAGAUGCGCAAGUUUUCAUCAACCUCUGCAUCCAGAAGCAUGCCAGCUUUGGUCUUUCAGUCGAUGGAAGGAUUCUUACAUCCUUCGGUAGAAAAUGUAGUAUCUGCUCUUCACCAUACUGCAGAGAGAUUGACACAACCUUCAACGUAUGGGUUCUACCAUCAAGCAGGGAUAAUAGUGAAAAUCAACUACCUGAAAUUGGGGGAGAUGAUCCAUCAGUGAUCUAUGUUAAACCUGGAAACGAAGUGGACCUGGAUUCACUAGUACAAGACUCAAUCCGUCUUACCACAUCAGUAAAAGAUACUUGUUCGGAGUUAUGCGAGAGAUCAGAACCUACAUUGCAUUGUAUUGAUAGACAAAAUGUGGGUUCUACUGAUAAGAGGUGGUCUAGACUCUUGGAGCUGAGGAAUUCAUAUCCCAAUUUAAAGAAGUAGAUGCUUAAUUUAGAGAUUCUGAUCAUGUUUCAGAACUACAUGCUUUGAAGAAUAUUUGAGUAAGCAGCAGCAGUCCUAAUCAGUGUAAACAACCACCAUAAUCAGUGCAAAGAAUUGGCACCAACAGUCUGAUCAUGAUCAAGGCUAUUACCCUUUGUUUUCUACUAUAGUUGAUAUAUUUUGACUGUAAGCUUGAUUCAUAUUUUGAUUGUAAUUAUAAUCUUUGAUUGAGUGUAAACUACCCUAUAAAUAAAGAUCAAAGGUGCUAUGAAAUGCAAGAGAGAGAUGCCGGCCUUUAUUCA